AUGAAUACAAGAAACGCAUAUUUAGCACAAGAAUUAAAAAAUGAUCAUACAAAAUCAAAAGAUGUGUUCGAUUCAAAAGAUAUUACUCAAGCGCAAGUAUUAGUUACUGGUGCAGAUAUAUCAGGUUUAGAAGCGGUUCGUUUCUUGAUACAGGAUGGAGUACAAACACUUGGAGUUAAAGCACGAAAUCGUACUGGUGGUCAAAUCUGGCCGGUUCAGUCAAAAAAUGACCACAUACUCGGUUUAGGUGCAAACUGGAUUCAUGGUAUCAGUGGAUUUAUAUCACAUGGUUUUCUAUAG